AUGCUUCGGUCUUGCAAGAUUCAACUUGAUUUCAUGAGCAGGUACCUGGGAAUCGAUAAGAUUGGAGAAGGAGGUUAUGGUAAGGUUUACAAAUGCAAUGAUACUUUAGAUGAAAAAAUGGUCGCUGUUAAGAAGAUUUUCUUCCUCGGUGAUCGUGAUGGUGUCCCAGGCGAGGUAAUGAGGGAAGCCUCCAUUCUAAAAGAGACGAAGCAUGAUAAUAUUGUCAGGUUGCUGGAUGUCUUGAACGAAGAAAAAUCUGUGUAUCUCGUGUUCGAGCAUCUGGACUUUGAUCUCUUGACAUUUAUGAAGGGUAUAGAGCUUCCUAGGGAUUCGCAAGCUAUAAAAGUGGGUGAGAUCUGUGCAUAUGAAUGCUUGUAG